UGAACACGUGAAGUGAAAGGGGUCAGCGAGUUGUCUGGUACAGUUUGAUGGUGUCAAUUUGUAAAUAUAUGGUUUCUCGCCGCUUUACCACAGCGGUACAGCUAUCAGCAGAAAUCAUGCAACAAAGGACUUAUGAAGAUGCUGUGAAGAAACUAAACUCUCUUCAAACGAAUGCUCAAGUCCUGGAGCAAAUCCGCAAAACACGGGGAAGGCUGGCACAGAAUAACUUACCGGAGAUGAGAAGCUUCACUGAGCGAGCUGGGGUUAAAAUGGAGGAUCUAGAUAAGCUGUCUAUUAUUCACAUUAGCGGCACAAAAGGAAAGGGCUCAACUUGUGCAUUUUGUGAAAGUAUUCUACGUCAUGAAGGCCUGAAAACUGGAUUCUAUAGCUCACCACAUUUGAUGGAGGUCAGAGAGAGAAUCAGAAUCAAUGGGAAACCAUUACCUAAGGAGACGUUUGCAAAAUAUUUCUUUGAUUGUUGGGAUAACCUAUUAAAUAAUGGUGAUGUAAGUACCAAGGAAGAAGGGAAAAACUCUAUGCCAGCAUACUUCAGAUUUUUGACCUUGAUGUCGUUUCAUGUCUUCCUGAAAGAAAAGGUUGAUGUGGUAAUUCUUGAGGUUGGAAUUGGAGGUGCAUAUGACUCUACCAACAUUAUCAGAAAUCCUGUUGCUUGUGGAGUGACAUCCCUUGGCAUGGACCAUGUAAGCACAUUGGGUGGAACUAUAGAAAGUAUUGCUUGGCAGAAGGCUGGGAUAUUUAAGCCAGGAGUUCCUGCUUUUACUGUCCCACAGCCAGAAACAGCCCUGGAUGUUGUGGCUAAUAGAGCAAAAGAAAUAAAGGCUCCUCUUCACAUCAUUCCUCCCUUAGAUGACUAUCCAGGAGGUUUGCCAGUUCUUGGUCUGGAAGGAGAUCACCAGUUAUUGAAUGCAUCCCUCGCCGUACAGCUUUGUCAAACAUGGGUUUCAAGAAGAUACACAAAGGAUGAUAAUCAUGAAGUGGAAAACGAAACAAGUGUAGAAAAAGCACCCAGGGAAGAGAAGUUGUCAAGUGAACCCUUGACUAAAAAAGCUAAAAUUGAAGUUCCUGUUGCACAAACAUUUGAAAUCUCCAAUACUUUUAGAAGCGGAUUGAAAAAUACCAGAUGGUGUGGACGAAACCAAGUCAUUGUUAGGCCGGCAGUUACUUUUUAUCUGGAUGGUGCUCACACACCAAGAAGUAUGGAGGCCUGUGCCAGGUGGUUUAAAAGGAGAGCUGAUGAGGAAAAAGAAAAAGAAAGAGGGACUGUUGCACGAGUGUUGCUUUUCAACUUGACUGGUGGGCGUGAUCCUCAUGGUCUUCUGAAACCAGUCAUGAAAUGUGAUUUUGAUCAUGCAAUUUUCUGCCCCAAUAACAUCAAUCUGAAUUUGAAAAGCAGUGAUUCAGAUCUGACAAAUUUUACUGUAAGUCGUGAUAACCAGUUACGAUGGUGUGUGGAAAACCAACGUGUCUGGAUGGCUCUGAGAGGUGUAGGAUUCCAAGCCCAUGCAGACCCAACAGGGAACUGUGCAGAAAUUACAAAUGGCCACCAUGUGAUCAAGAAUGGUCUUGAUGAUGGCCCAUAUUCAACCAUAUUUCCUUGUGUUUCUCAAGCUAUUCGUUGGUUACUGGGAGGGAAAGAUCCUCUCAUAGAGGAAUUUUGCCAGGAGGAUCUGCCAGUACCAGAUUUUAUUACAAAGGCUUCAAGAGUUCAGGUUCUAGUUGGAGGAAGUUUGCAUCUUGUUGGUACUGUCAUGAAAGUUCUGGGACCAGAAAUUGUGGGAGAUGUUUAGAAAGGAUAUGAAAAGGGUAUCCAUUUUCACAGAAUGCUGUAUCAAGAGGUCACAGAGAGUUAUUCAGCUAUUUACAGUGUGUGUGAAAAGGACUUGAUAGUCAGUGAUUUAAAACUUGAUUUCUUAAAAAUGAUGAAGUUUUUAUGGUUGACACCCAGAUGUAAGAAAUAUGCUGACCGAAGUAAAUGUGACAUACUUAAUGAUAUAACUUUGAGAAGAAUUCUCAAUAACUCAACUGACUGGACUAAGAAAAUUAGUUGUUAUGAUAUGUAAGGCAGAUAAUGAGGCCACAUUGCCUCAGCUAUUUUAGUGAAACUUUUGUUUAAUAGUUUGUAUAUAUAGAUAUAUUUAUGUUUGUAAAUUACUUGCAACAGUUAUGUCAUUGAGAUCCUGUUUCUCGAAAUAACAUACCAAAUUCUGGUGGCACAUGAUUCCAACAGUAGAAGCUCUAUUUAGAAAAUUAAAAAGUUAUUUCACUCAAUUUGUAAGCUGUAUACAAAGUUUAGAUUAUUGCAUUUUAUUUUGUUAUGGGUUGAAUGGCAACAAAAGCAGAGGAAUCAGCUAGGGUGUUGAUGGAAUUUUAACACAAAUGUUAGAACUUACAGCUGCAUUAGAUUAAUAUUACUGUAAAUCUAGAAAAAUUCAUAAAGAUUUCUAGUCCAUUGUUUCAUUCUAAGUUUUAUUCUCCUCUCCCAGUCUGUAAAUGUUGCAUAAUACCCAAAUUCUUUGGUUUGGAAAUGUAUUCUGUUAGAAUCAUGUGCCUCAGACAUAGACUGUGUAUGCUUUAGUAAGAUUUCUCAAUGAAAUAAUUGGCAAAUUUCUUAGAUGCAAGUAUGUGAACUAGUUGAUCUCCAGCCAAUUACAUGUAGAUCACUUGGAAUGAAUUAGUGUAUGUUUGAUUACAGAGUAUUGUUGCAAGAAACAUGUAAAAAUUUUGAUAUAAUGAAGAUUUCCUUUAGGGAUUUGAAUCACAGAUUGUUUUUCUUUUUUAAUUUAUGAAUUUAAAAGACUGUCUCCCUUGAUAUAGAAUGGAUUUGUGUAAAUAAUUAAAGGUAUUUCACAAUCUUAGAUUCAUACAUUACCUGUACAGAAGUCAUAAAUGCAAAUAAAGAACAAAUUUUGUUAUAAAGAUAAAA